AGAACUUCAUGCCAUCCUCCUUGCCCCAUUCAACUCCACCCUCCUCGAUCCCUUAAGACAGAGCUCCCCAGGGAGAAGUGAAAACCAGUGACUAGAAAAAGUUCUUUGAGUGAACUCCAGCCUCCAGAAACUGGCCACUGGUGGGCAUUGUGGCCAUUAACGGACACCCAACUACACAAAAAGAAGAACUUUGUCUCCUUGUCAUUCUGAAUGACUGAGAACCCCCAGAGUCCUGUCCCUAUCAUUAUACAGGAAGCUGAGGACUUCCUUCUAUUCUCUUGGGACCUAAAACCUUGAAAACAAACACUCGAAGUGCUCUGGAAAAUAAGGCUUUGUGGACAGAGCUCCUUGACGCCAGAAGCCCUCUGCCAUUAACAGCAAAGUAACUACUGAAACCAUCUUCCUGGACCUGUGGGAGAAGCCAGGAUGGAAAAUACCACCUCUUCAAUGGUCUAUGAUGAGACCACAGAAUAUGACUAUGGGGAUACAACCCCGUGCCAGAAAGCAGUUUUGAGGAGUUUGGGGGCUCAACUGCUGCCCCCUUUGUACUCCUUGGUAUUUGUCAUUGGCCUGGUCGGCAACAUCCUGGUGGUCCUGAUCCUCAUGCAAUACAAGAGGCUCAAGAGCAUGACCAGCAUCUACCUUCUCAACCUGGCCAUUUCUGACCUGGUCUUCCUCUUCACAUUGCCCUUCUGGAUUGACUACAGCCUAAAGGACAACUGGGUGUUCGGCAAUGGCAUGUGCAAGUUGAUGUCAGGUUUGUAUUACGUAGGCCUGUACAGCGAGAUCUUUUUCAUCAUCUUGCUGACCAUCGACAGGUACCUGGCCAUCGUCCACGCCGUGUUUGCUCUAAGGGCCCGCACCAUCCAUUUCGGUAUCAUCAGCAGCGGCAUCAUCUGGGUCCUGGCCAUCCUGGCUGCCAUCCCGGGCUUUUACUUUUCUAAGACCCAGUGGGAGUUCACUCAUUCUACCUGCGGCCUUCAUUUCCCCCAAGAACACCUAAAACAGUGGAGACAGUUCCAGGCUCUGAAGCUGAACAUCAUGGGGCUGAUUUUGCCCCUGGUGGUCAUGAUCGUGUGCUACACGGGGAUUAUCAGGAUCCUGCUCAGACGGCCCAAUGAGAAGAAGUCCAAAGCCGUCCGGCUGAUUUUUGUCAUCAUGAUCAUCUUCUUUCUCUUUUGGACGCCCUUCAAUCUGACUGUGUUCAUUUCUGCUUUCCAAGACGUCAUCUUGGCCAGUGGCUGUGAGCAGAGCAAACAGCUGGACGUGGCCAUACAGGUUACGGAGAUAGUCGCCUACACACACUGCUGCGUCAACCCCAUCAUCUACGUCUUUGUUGGCCAGAGGUUCCGCAAGUACCUGCGCCAGCUUUUCCGCCAGCUCCUGGCCGUGCACCUGGCCAAAUGUUUCCCCUUCCUCCGCACCGAGAGGUUGGAGAGAGCCAGCUCCAUGACCCCCUCCACGGCGGACCAAGAACUCUCUAAUGGGUUCUGACACAAGCCCUGGCAAGAGUGACCUGCCAGACACGCUGGCCAGAGAGGAGGCAGCUUGGUUGUCCAGGCCAGAUUCUGACUGCUGACGUGGCGGGGAGUGGACGCCGCCUGGGGGUGAGGUGGUCUAGACUAAAUCACGUUUAGGGCUUGAGUCUUCUCUGUAAACUUCUCCCUGGAGAUGAAUGAGUGAAUGGGGACAUUCCAGAAGAUUGGACAAAGGGUGACAGCGAAGGUUUGGGGCUCAAACAGGGUUUUGGAUUUGUAAACAUUAACGUUUGCAAACAAAGCCACUGAACAUCCUCCACCUCUACCCUGACUGCCAGUGAAUGUGGGAAUAGUGAUUUCCAUAGUCGACUUGGCCCACAGGCAGGAGCAAGCAGCUGCCUCCACUCCCCGCCCCCGCC